AUGGCGGACUCCAAUACUCCAGAAGUUGCGCAGGAAGGGCCAUCUAAAAGUGCCUUGAAAAAAGCCGCCAAGGAAGCAAAGAUGGCUGCAGAUAAAGCCGCGAAAGCUGCUAAGAAUGCUGCGCUUCCUGUAGUGGGGGGUAAGAAAACAGAUGAUAUUAUUGGUAUUACUGUCAAGAAAUCCGAAGACUUCUCACAAUGGUAUCAAGAGGUUGUUUUGAAGGCGGAGAUGAUAGAGUAUUACAAUGAAAUCUCCGGGUUCUUUAUAUUACGGCCUCAAUCUAUGUUUAUCUGGAACCAAAUUCGAAAUUGGUUUCAAGCAAAAAUCGAGACACUUGAUGUAGAGGAGGCUAGUUUCCCCAUGUUCUUGUCUUCAAAGUCAUUGGAGAAAGAGAAGGAUCACGUCGAGGGUUUUGCUCCUGAGCUUGCUUGGGUUACCAAGGCUGGUGAUAAAGAUCUCGAAGUUCCUGUUGCAGUCCGUCCUACCUCAGAAGCUGUUAUGUACCCAUACUACUCGAAAUGGAUCCGAAGUCAUCGAGACCUUCCUUUACGGUUGAACCAGUGGAACAGUGUCGUUCGUUGGGAAGCCAAACAAACAACUCCAUUCUUGAGAGCUAGGGAAUUCUUAUGGCAGGAAGGACAUACCGCACAUCUUACGGAAGAACUCGCCGGGGAGGAAGUUCUUCAGAUCCUCGAGUUUUACGCUGGUGUUUAUGAGCAAUUAUUGGCAGUUCCAGUUGUCCGUGGUCGCAAAACCGAGAAGGAAAAGUUCGCAGGAGGAUACUAUACUACAACAGUUGAAGGUUAUAUUCCCUCCAACGGGCGCGGUAUUCAAGGUGCUACUUCUCACUGCCUUGGUCAAAAUUUCAGUAAGAUGUUCGAUAUUACCGUCGAGGAUCCAACUCCAAAGAACGGGGAAAAGGCUGGCCAUCUUCACGUCUGGCAAAAUUCUUGGGGUCUUUCCACUCGUGUUAUCGGUGUCAUGGUCAUGAUUCACGGUGAUGACAAAGGACUUGUUCUCCCACCCCGUAUCGCAAAGCUCCAGGCCAUUAUCGUCCCAGUCGGAAUUACAAAUAAAACCACUCCCGAAGAAAAGGCCAAGAGGUACGAUGAACUACAAAAUAUUAAGGACACUCUCAAGAAAGCUGGUGUUCGCGCCGACUACGAUAUCCGUGAUGGAUAUACUCCAGCUUGGAAAUUUAACGAUUGGGAAUUGAAGGGUGUUCCUCUCCGUCUUGAAUACGGCCCAAGAGAUGCUGCCCAAGAGGUUGUCUCUUACGCGCGUCGUGAUACCGGUGAGAAAGGCACAAUUGCGAUCGCAAACCUCUCAACUGAAGUUCCUGCUCUCCUCGAAACCAUCCAAAGCUCUCUCUACACAAAGGCCGAAGCAGCAUUCAAAGCUCACAGACUUGUCAUUAACAACUGGAGCGAAGUUGUCCCUGCCCUUGAUUCCAAGAAUGUCGUUCUCAUUCCAUCCUGCUUGGGCGAGAAGUGCGAAGAUAAGAUUAAGGACUUGACCAAGGGAGGUGCUAGUGAAGAAGUUGGACCUGAUGGAAAGAAGGUACCAACAAUGGGAAUGAAGAGUUUGUGUAUUCCAUUUGAGCAACCAGAAGGUCUCGUCAAGGGUGAAACCAAAUGCUUGAACCCAGAGUGUGGAGUUUUGGCAGAGAAAUAUUGUAUGUACGGAAGAAGUUAUUAG